AAAUAUAUUUGUGUAUCUCGUAUGCCAUUUAUUCUGGAGUAAAGGAACAGAAGUGGCGAAUGAAGUCGUCGAGCCGUAACUUGAGAGGAAUUUAAGUUAACUCGGUCUAAACAUGAUAUCUCGUCAGAGUAAGGAUUUUCUCAUAAGGAUCGCCGGUUACUGGAAGCCGCUUUUCAGAGGCAGAUUUCUGAUCGUGACGAACACGGUGAGUUGUGGGGGGAUGUUGGCAGCGGGCGACCUCAUCCAGCAGACUCGAGAGACGCGGAAGACCCCCGGACGAGCACGUGACUGGUGGCGUACAGGUUGUAUGUUUGCCGUCGGAUGCUCUAUGGGUCCUUUCAUGCAUUAUUGGUACCUGUGGCUCGACAAAUACUUUGUUGGCAAUGGCAUAAGUAAUGUCUGCAAGAAAGUGUUUACUGAUCAGAUGGUUGCUUCACCAGCACUGGGGGCCUGGUACUUCCUAGGUAUGGGUAUGAUGGAGGGUCAAACUUUGUCUGAGGCACAAAGUGAAUUCAGAGACAAAUUCUGGGAAUUUUACAAGGCAGAUUGGUGUGUUUGGCCAGCAGCUCAAAUGGUAAACUUCUACUUCUUGCCACCCAAGUAUCGUGUUCUUUAUGUGAAUAUAAUUACCCUGGGAUGGGACACCUACCUCUCCUACCUCAAACACAGAGACCACGUAGAGGCCAAACGAGAAGCUGAAUGAACUGAGUGAAGAUGUCCGAAGAGGAGGAAUAUUUCAAAACACUGCUUUGA